AUGGAUACCAAUAAUGAACAGAAUGAAUCAUUUGAUGUAAUCAAUGAUAGUGCAAAUAAUUCAAAAAAUGAAUCAAACAAAAAGAACGAUACAGAUGCUGAGGAAAGUUAUCUGAAUGAAAGUUUAAGAGGCAUUCAGUUAGAUACAUGUUUACAACCAGCAGAUAUUGGCCAAGAGGUUUUAGAUUGUUACUUUGAUGAAGAAUUUGACGUUGCACCAGCGGAAGGAAACAACCCCAUACGUGUAUUAAAAGAGGAAGGCAUUGAAUCAAAGACUUUCCCCUGUCAUUAUCCAUCCGGUAAAAAUACAUUGACUGAUCAAAGAGAUAUUAAGUUAUCUUCUUCGAGAUAUUUCAAUUUGAGAUUGUUGAGUGUUGAAAAUCGUUUUGCAAGAGAUACGUCGUAUAUAUUUUUUUGUCAGUAUCUAUCAGAAUUGGAGAAGGUUAUGUCUAAUGUACAGAUAUCUUUACGGAAAGACUUUUCUAAAUCAGGAACAGGAAAACAGGUAACAUCUGAUAUGAUUUGUAGAGGUGACGGUUUGAAACAGCUAUUUAAAAGUGACGAAGGUAUAAAAUUUCUAAAGCCGGUAAGAGGGACCCCUCCUUUCUGGCAGAAGACGCAGAAAGAUGUUUUAGCGAUGAUAAGACAAAUAGGAAUACCUGCUUUUUUCUGUUCAUUUUCUUCGGCUGAUUUAAGAUGGUCAGAAAUAGUUGAAUCGAUAAUGAUGCAGCAAGGAAUUGCUGUCAAUGCAAAAGAAUUAAGUUGGGAUGAAAAAUGUAAGAUACUCCGAAGUAAUCCUGUAACAGCGGCCAGAAUGUUCGAUCAUAGAUUUCAUCUCUUUUUAAAAACAGUUAUUAUGUCAGAUGCCCAUCCUAUUGGAAAAGUGAAAGACUAUUUCUAUCGGGUUGAGUUUCAGCAAAGGGGUUCUCCUCAUACACAUUGUUUAUUUUGGAUCGAAGAUGCACCUAAAUUUGAAGUGGAUGAAGAUCAACAAGUUAUCGAUUUUGUAGAUAAAUAUAUUACUUGUUCAAUGCCGUCUCCUGAUGAGGAUCCAGAACUUCAUAAAAUUGUGAAUGCUGUACAACAGCAUAGUAAAAAUCAUUCAAAAAGUUGCAAGAAGAAAGGUACGAAUUGUAGAUUCAAUUUUCCAAGACCUCCUUCAGUGCAUUCGUUCAUAUCUCGACCUGUCACUGAAAAAGACUUGACCGAGUCCGACAUUAAAAUUAGCAAAGACAAAUUGGAAACUGUAUGGAAAGAAAUAAAGGAUUCAGAAUUAGAUGAUAUUUCUACAGACAAACUAUUUGAAAAAGCAGGGAUAUCACAAGAGGAAUUUGUAAAAUGCUUUCAAUAUGUAACUUCCAGAAACACUAUUGUAUUAAAAAGAAAGAAGACGGAAUGUUUUACAAAUCAAUAUAAUGCACAUUUACUUAGAGCGUGGGAUGCCAAUAUGGAUAUUCAGUUUGUUUUAGAUGUGUUUUCAUGCGUUGUGUACAUUAUCAGUUAUAUAAGCAAAUCUGAAAGGGAAUUAGGAAUGUUACUUCAACAAACAAAAUGUGAAGCAGCUGACGGAAAUUUAAGUGCACAACAAACCAUGAAAAAAGUUGGAUCUGCCUAUCUUCACCAUAGAGAGAUCAGUGCACAAGAAGCAGUGUUUCGUGUAACUGGGUUGAGAAUGAAGGAAUGUUCUCGAAAAGUUGAAUUUAUCCCCGUGGGUGAAAAUCCUUAUUUCUGUUCAAAGUUUAAUGUUUUAACUGAAUCGCAAGUUCCUAAAAAGAUAAAUAAAGACACAACUUUUAAAUUGAAAAAAGAAUUGGGUUAUAUUAGGAAAUUAACAAGAACAUCUCCAGGUAUUAUCAGAUAUCCUCGCUUUUCAGUCGACAAGGUGCCAGAAAAAUACUAUCAAAGUAUUUUACAAUUGUUUUUACCCUUUAGAAGUGACGACCAAUUGAAACCGUCAAUGUUUGAACAUUAUGAAGAAUUUUACAAGCGUGGGCAUGUAAAAUUCUCUAAUAGUAAAAGUUUGUCAGCUGUGAAAGUUAUUGUAGAUCAUAAUAUGUCUUCAUAUGUGAAAACAUCAAGUUCUAUAGACAAAGCCAUUGAAAAGUUAGAGGAAAAUGGAUCACAUGAAGAUGCAUGGUCUCAAUUAUGUUCCGAAUCAGAAAGUGAAAGGGUUAUGUGUGGUAUUGAAGGAUCUGCAAACGGAAAUGACAGUCCUGAUGAUGAAAUAAUUGAAAACAAUCUUCCAGAUUUAAACCGUGAAGUUGAGAAAGAGUUCAGCUUACCGAUUAGGUCUACGGUGUUUACUAAUAAGGAGAUUAUACCGAUGUUAAGAAGUAUGAAUGAAAAUCAAAAACACAUCUUCUUUGACAUUAGACAUUGGUGUCUUCAAAAGGCAAAUGGAAAACAUGUUGAUCCAUUUUACGUUUUCAUUACUGGUGGCGCGGGAACAGGCAAGAGUCAGUUAAUCAAGUGUCUGUAUUUUGAGAUAUCCAGAAUUCUUGCUCCAAUCUUGUGCAACCCAGAUGACGUUAGUGUACUUCUGACAGCACCUACAGGUACCGCCGCAUUUAAUAUUAAUGGAAUGACUAUUCAUAGUUGUCUGUCAAUAUUCAAGUCAUUAUCCAAGGAUCAUGCUACACUAAGUGAGGACAAAUUAAACACAUUACGAACUAAAUUGGACAACCUACAAGUACUUAUCAUCGAUGAGAUAUCUAUGGUUAAUAAACGUCUUUUGUAUUUUGUUCAUGAAAGAUUAAGACAAAUCAAGAAAAAACCUGAAAGUUGUUUGUUUGGAGGUGUUUCUAUUAUAGCAGUUGGUGAUUUCCACCAGUUACCCCCUGUAAAAUCCAAAAAAAGUGAUAAACUCUAUGUAAACGAUCCUUCUAAUCCUUUGAAUUACCUGUGGAAUGAAUUGUUUAAGGUAGCUGUACUGGAUGAAAUAAUGCGACAAAAAGACGAUAAAACAUUUGCAGAAAUGUUGAAUAGACUGAGAAUAAAGAAGAAACAUGAGAUGAUUGAACCUGAUGAUAUCUUAUUGUUAAAACAUUGCAUGACAGAAGCACCAGAUCGCAUUUUACACAUUUUUGCAACAAAUGCUGAAGUUCAACAGUUUAAUAAUAGUAUGAUCAUGAAAUAUUUUUCUGACCCUAUAUUGGUUGAGGCCGAAGAUUACGAAAAGGAUAAGACUACUGGAACAUUGAAAAGAAAGUCUUCAUUUUACAGUAGCAGUGAUAUUCAACUACCAUCAUCCAUUCUUUUAGCGGUCGGUGCCCGUAUAAUGUUAAUCAGAAAUCAAGAUACUAAAGAUGGUUUAGUGAAUGGAGUGAUGGGAACAGUACAUAAAAUUAUUACUGCUGUCAAUCUUCCAGAAAUAAUAUAUAUUCAGUUUGAUGAUGACAAUGUAGGUAAAAGUGCGAAAGAACAAAAAUUUAUCAAUGGAAAUAGAUGUGUAGGUUUAGGUCGGUGUUCAGAAGAUUUGUCAUUUCAGAGUGGUGUAAGAAAACAAUAUCCGUUAAAGUUAGCAUUUGCAUGUACAGCUCAUAAAGUCCAAGGACUUACUGUGUCUGAAGUAGCAGUUGAUUUGAGUAAAUGUUUUACAUAUGGACAAAGCUAUGUAGCCCUUAGUAGAGUAACAUCAAAUAAAGGUUUAUUUAUAUCUGAAAUGAACAAUGAAUCUUUAAGUGCGAAAAUAUAUGCAGACCCUGAUAUUGAAGCUGGUUUAGCAUCAAUGCAAUUAUUUUCAAUGAGAACUGCAUCUGCGUCUGUUGCUAAUAUUUUGAAAGAUCAUCAAAUGAGAAUUGUUUAUCAUAAUAUCCAAGGGUUGUUGUCUCAUAUUGGUGAUUUGAAAGUAAACAAUGAUAUGGUAAGAGCUGACUUUAUAUGUUUGACUGAAACAUGGUUGACAUCAAAUGAUCAGUAUGUUAAUCUGAAUAAUUAUGACUUUCGUCAUGUAUGCAGAAGUGAAGCUUUCAAUGACGACAAUGAAAUGUUUCGAACAAUAAAACAUAUGAAAAAUGGAGGAGUAGGAUAUUUUUGUAAAAAUCGUAUUAAUUAUCAGCAUAUUGAUUUGCACAUAAAAAAUAUUGAGUGUAUUGGUUUUAGAAUAAUAGAAAUAAACACGCUUAUUGUAACAGUUUAUAGAACACAAAAGUAUGAUGUUGAGACUUUUAUAAAACAGUUUAGAUUAGUUUUAAAUGAAAUUAGUCGUAUUUCACACAAAUCAGUAAUUGUUGGUGAUUUCAACCAGAAUAUCAUGAAAGACGAAAGAUCUAUUGAAAAUUUUAUGAAAUCUCAAGGGUAUGUACAGGUUAUUACGGAACCAACAACAGAAAAAGGAACAUUAAUUGAUCAUGUAUAUUUGAAAGGAAUUAAUCCAUGCUGUGUAAGGGUUAUACCAACAUUUUACAGUUAUCAUGAAGCAAUUGAAAUUAUAACUGGAAAUGUGUAA